GCCAAAAUAUGUUAUUAGAAGAAAUGUAGGGCCCGUGAACGGAAAGAAUAUGAACGCUCUUAACAAAUUGGGUUCACGUUCCGACUCCAAACCUGUCACCACAUCGCAAUAUUGUGAGAAACUGCAGGAAUGGAUGUGGCAGUACUACUGCGGCUACGUGAACUGGCAAAGCUGGAUGACCGUGUUUCCUCCUUGUUUACCACCACAAACAACAACUGGGUCCCCCGGAGCUCCAACAUGGGGGGUGGAUUUUCCUAACACGGACCUCCGCAACUGGUUCGGCCAUUCAUUUGCGUUGACACAUUCAUACAGUCUGUCCAGUCAUAACUACGUUGGUACUACACCAACAAGUAAUGCAAAUCAAAGAGGAGUUAACGUUAAUGGGCAGAAUCAGAAUACCCCUGUACCCCCACAAGUGCAACAAAAUGGAAAUGCCCAACAGCCAGGUCGAGAGUAUUUAAUUCCCUCUCUUUUCCAUCGCUUUUUGGCGGAAAUAGUGGAUUUUUUCAUCCUGUUCUUCAUCAAAGCAACCAUCAUUCUAAGCAUAAUACAGUUCAGUGGAAUGAAGGAUUUAUCAAAAUUUGCCAUGCACUUCAUUGUGGAAGAAAUUGAUGAUGAUACCUCGAUGGAGGAGCUGCAGAAAAUGAUGGCUGUGGCUCUUGUGUAUCGGAUAUUGGUCUGCUUUUAUGAGAUUAUAUGUAUUUGGGGAGCUGGUGGUGCUACACCAGGGAAGUUCCUGCUUGGCCUGAGAGUAGUCACUUGCAACACCUCUAUCCUGGUGCAACCUAACCGAGUAUGUGUGGUGCCAGCAAGUAACGUCAGUCUGUCAGCGUCAGCCAUCCGAGCCUUGAACAAAAACUUCUCCAUUGCUUUUUUCUUUCCAGCAUUUAUUACUCUUCUCUUUUUCCAGCACAACAGAACUGUGUACGAUAUUGUGGCGGGGACUAUAGUGGUCAAGAGAAACAGACUAAGGUGAUCUGUGAUAAUAUCUCACCUGCUGAGAAAAUAAAUCCAUAUGAUCGGACUACUCUGAGAUGACCGAAGGUCCCACUGGGAUUGUGCAAAGGAAACGAGCUGAAUUAAAACAGAAAAGUGUUUGAUUAAAUGUUUUUCACUCCAUGAACUCAAAGAGAAAAUGGUUGAAGUUUUGGCACUCAAGAUUAAUUUGGCCAUAUAGCUUCCAUUAUUUAAACACAUUCUAGUGCCAUACUAAAAAACAUCAAAAUAGUUAUGUAUGCAAAUACCUUUCUGUAUGUUUUCUUUGUGUUGAAUGACUUAUUAUUACAGGUUCACCAGA